UUUCCAGCUAGUAGAAGACGAAGCGAAGUUCUUCUUCUUGUAUAUAAUCUAGAAACUCCGAAACAAGGUUGAACGCCAGGAGGACGGCGUACCACCGCGACAAGAAGUUGGCUCAUCUUGUCAACUACAACUUACUUCAAAUAACCUCAACCUCUUCUUGUUCGGCUCAGCAUCAAGAUCAAGAGUCACAUUUGCAUUUUUUCGAAUUCGAUCUUCAAAAUGGGUCUUUGUCUGUUUCGGGAGCAGGAGUCCGAUGCCCGCAUCGAGAAGCUUGCGGAGUAUCGGAAAAAAUUCGCGAAGGUAUGAGAGUGCACAACUCCCCCUCCCCCUCAUUUGUCAUGCAAAAUACCAAAUCCAAGCGCUGCUGUGUGGUACUGUUUGCAUGACAGAUGCCGGAAGCCCAAACAGUACUACACUAGGCGCAUGAACUUGUCAUGCCCAGGCUCCACAGGUGGGUGUGUUUGCAUUGCUGUUCAUGCAACGCAAAUGAGGGGGAGGGGGAGCUGUGCACUGUCAUAGAAGGUGAUGCUGAACGAGAACAACCUGAAGCAGGAGUGCAGCGUGUUCUGGAUCCAGAUGCGGGCGCAGCAGCGGCAGAACUUUAUCAACCGUGCGGACAUCUUGACCUGUACGCAGAAGUUUCUGGACCAGAUUGACGCCGGGGAGGAGAACACCUUGUCCGCUUUGGACAAACUGAUAAACCUCCUUCCGGUGGAAAACAUCAGCUUCGACAUGUUUCUAUGCAUUGCAAAUACGUCCGGGUCUGGAAACUUGUGUUGCUAUUUUGUGAAUUGGAUGGACAAUGGAAUAGGCAGCCACGCAUGACAAGUUUCUGGGCUCCUUUGUGUUUCGCUAUCCGCAUGACAAACUUUUGCAUGACAGGCAAGAGGCUCUUUUCCUGCUCACGCAUUACAGGUUCAAGAGUCAUGUGAGACAAGCAUAACAAACUUGCAUUCUGCCAGACCCAGACAUAUUUGCAUGGGAUAGCUUCGCUGCUACGUCCGGGAGAUGAUGAUGAUUCUGGACCUGGAAAUGUCAAACCGCUUGCAGUAUGCAUUGCAAAAGUUCUGGUUGUGCCUACCUUAUUACUCGGAGCGAUUGCAUGACAUCAAUAAAUUUGCUGAGCAUGGAAAGUGAAGCUUGUAAAUUGUGCUGAUUUUUCAUCCUAUGAAUGUAUGAGCGACAUCGUCAUCGUUUGUCUUACUGCAUAAAAGUUGUAAUGGGUACGAGUGCGAAGUAGAUCCUUUUGCCAUGCAUAUCCAGCAGGCCAUCCUGGACCGCGAUGCGCUGUGUGCGGUGGUGUUCGAUAGCGGAGGGAGUGGAGGAGGAGCUUCCCAAGUACCGUGAGGAAAAAUCCCCCCUUCCCAUAUUGAAAACGUAUGUUCCGAAAAAUUUGUGAUGCUGAUUUGUGACCACAAAUCCUGUCUCUCUUGCAAGAAGGCAAAUCCAAAGAAUUCGCAGCCUUAUGGAGGCGAUUUGUGAUGCUGUUGCACGUACAUGGCAGGCCUCUGUCAUGCUAAGCGCCGUCAACAAAACACCCCUACGCAGGCUGAGGCUUUGCUUGUAGUGCCUCACUGCAAGACAGGGCUGAUUUGUGUACACAAAUCCAGCAACAGAAAUUUCCGUUUCAAUAUGGGGAGGGGGGAUCUUUCACUUUGAUACCAAGGCGCGAUGUACACGGCCAGAAGGAAGAUACCGAAGAAGAGAACAAACGAAGAUCUUCGCAAGCAACAGCGACCCUCGUCUGGUGCGAACGAAGAGUCGAACGAUCCCCGUCGUGAAGAUGAUCUUCGUCCAGAAGACGAGGACGACAGUUCCCACCGCGGAGAUGGACCAUCAAACGAAGACGAGGAGAGCGAAAGUGUCGAAAGCGACUCCAACUUUUUUUACCCCCACUACUGCUACCACGCCCGGGACAAACUGAACCGUGAAGCGUUCAAUUUGGAAAAGUUCGUGCCGACGAAUGAGGGCUUUGCGGGGGAGGAAAACUUCGACUUCAUUUCCGCUUCGUUAUGAAUUGCAAAAGCAAGAAGUAUCGUACCUGUACCAGUCCUUGCAAUACAAAUUAGCUCAGUGUCAGUAUGACAAAUGGAAUUUCUCAUGCUGAUUUCGGUAAAAGAAGAGAUUUGUAUUGCAUGACAACGAAACUUUUUCUUUUGCACAGGAUAUUCGUUCCAAAACAGCAAGGAGCCGUGGUCGAUUACCGCUCGGACGGGGCAGGAUGACAGUGCCGGCAUGAUUACAGGAAGUAGAGGCGCAAGCGAUGGCAUCAACAUGAACUAUCAAGAACAUCAGGAGCUGCACCAACAAUCUGUUCCACCUGGGUUGCUGUACCACAACAGCAACUACAGUGGCCCCCACUCAGCUGCUGGUGCUGCAGCUGCCGCCAGCAACUACAACAACAUCGCCAUAAAUCACCAGGCUACUGCUUCCUCCUCCCCGGGUUUCUUACCCGGGCACUUGCUGAGUAGCCCACCGGCGUUUCUGACGCGCACGCAACGGUCUUCCCCCUCGGCUUCGAAUUCCGAAUUCAGCAGCCCAAGUCCAACACCGACCCCGAGCUACUUGAUUCAGGGAAGCAAGCUGAAUCAAAAUCGGGCGGGGUCUCCAUUAACACGGGGUGGUGGAUCAUCGCCAUUCAUUUUGCAUGGCGGUGCUGGCACUUCUAGCGCUGACGGAGCUCCUGGUGCAGUUACGGAGCAGACUAAAGAAUCCAGUAAUUCUAUCGAGGAAAUGAACCUCCCGAGCAACAAUUUGAUGAAAUUCAAUUACUACCAUGCUGCAGGAUAUGGAAGCGUCAGGAUUGAAAUCGUCAAAGUUGAGAUAGUUUGUGAUGCAUAAAAUGCAAGGCAUGAAGUGCCUGUCUUGCCGGGUUGGCAAGUGAGGCCGAUUGUGAGCCUGUUUAGGGUUUGAAAUAGAGCUGCUAAAGUAGCAUGACAAAAGCAGUCGCCUGUGCCCAAACAGCAUGACAAAUUGAUUUCCGAUGGUCGGAUAAUUUGUCAUGCACUGCUUAAAAAUUGGGCUUUCAAUUGGUAUCGAUUUUAUGCAUUGCAAGUUAUUUCAACUUUGACCAUUUCAAUCCUGACAGUUCCAUACAGGAGUGUCCAGUGGGGCGAGCACUGCGACAAAUACAGUUCCGCCAGCACCGCCGGCGCAAAUCAUCCCCGGGGGUCAACAAGAACAAAAAAUAACAGCCGCACAGGACGUCCUCGUCGGACCCAAUCGUCCAACCACGAAUAAAAAACGUAGUUCCCCAAACACACUGCACAACUUGGUACCGCUGCACACUCCGAGCCCGACGAAAUUCGUGAAGAAGCAAACCACCCGGCCAAGCAUUCAGCAAACCAGCGUGGUUGUAGGAACGCAGCAGCAUCCGCAGCAGGCGAGUUCUACUCUGGUUCCGAACGUAACAGCGAAUACCACCUCGAGCAACAGCAGUCCAAAAUUGUCGUUUAAUGGUGUUCAAGCGGUAAGUCCGCAAAGCAGGCUGCAGAAAAUAAAGAGUCCGGUGAUCUCUCCGAAAGUGAAUCUCGACUACGAGAAAACCCAGGAAGUUAAAACUUCCAGAUUGGCACAGCAGGUCGAACAGGUCCUGUUUCAGCACCAGAGCGGAUCAGCAGCAGGUAGUGCCGAGGACGCAAGCAGUGGUGACGCAUCUUCUGCAUCUAGUACUUUUGCAGCCGCAAAAAUUGUUUCGGGAGUAGCUGCGACUUCUGCAACCGGCGUUGACGAAAUGAACACCGGCAGCAACAAAUCCGAGGUUCUCCUGUCCCCAAACAAGGAAAAUCUUCCCCCUCCAGCGCCUCCGGUACAAGCGACCCGUUCUCCGAUGAAGUUUCUCGUUCCAGCGGGGAGCCAAGCGCAAACUCCUGUCCACCCUGCUGGAGGGAGUAGUGGCACCACGACUAGCACCAGUAGUUCAUCUACCCCCUCGGCGGAGGAGCAGCAGGUGAUUGAAAAGAUCCGGCAGUUGAUGGGAAAAAUUUUGCUACUGGAAGAGACGGCGAGUGAGAUGAUCACGUCUACAGAGAGCGGAGACGGGGGUGAAGCUUUUUCCCCCUUCGGCAACGCGUCGGUUUACAGCUGUUUUGAAGAAAUUUCGCAGAUUCAAAACAUGACGGUCGCGGUAUUGCGGGAGACGAAAAUCGGGGUUUUCACGCAAAAGUACAAAACUUACCAGAAGAAUCCGAAAGUGGAGGUACUGGUCCGGGCACUGCGUCAGCGGUGGACAGAGGUAUUGAUGAAGAUGAACUCUUGCGUGCUAGUCAUUCGUUUCUAGUAAAUGCUGCAAAAACCUAUAAACUAUGAAAAAUAUGCAAAAGUGAAGAUUUCUUCAUCUUCUAUCAUCACUUUUUGUGUGUUUGCUUCUGGCAAUGCAUGACUCGCCUCUCCACAUCAAGGUCGUCCGCGGAUCUGCCCCUCCGGAUAGCUCGGGUUUCGUACAAAACGGCAUCACCCCGAGGGUCAGCACGCCUGCGAGUAGCAUCGGUAGCUCGUCCCUGUUGCCGCCGUCUUUUGGGAAUAUCAGCGAACACGUGAAGAUGAUCAGUGUGGAAAGUGCUGUUGAAAAAGGUGCCGGGACUACGAGUACGACGACUACAACCUCGUCCCAAAAAAAAAUCACGGUUGAAAAAAUGCGGGAGCAACUUCUGUCCACCAUCGGAGUCGGCACGAAGGUCUUCAACAGUGCCGGGGAAUUGGAGUCAACCAACAUCCGCGUCGUUGCAACUACAAGUAAAAACGCUGUGAACAGCAAGAGUAAAUCGAAGAAGAAAUCGAACUCGAAAAAUACAACCACAACAACAUCUUCCAAAACGGAAUUCAAACUAGAGAUGCGAAAUACGACGACGACGAGCUCUGCCUCUACGGGUGAACCACAAGAAUCGCAAAAAUCCAUAUCCCCGCCUAUCGAGUUUUCUCUUUCCGACUUGCAGAAGGUGACUAAGGGGUUGGUGAAAAGCGAAAAUUCGAAGAAGCAAAUCGAUCUCCCGAAUUUGGAAAAGCACGUGAAGCUGCCGGAGGAGGAGAAUUUGGUGGUCUGUUUCUCGUUCGGGAAAGCGAAGGGGACUCUGGUGUUGAAGUUGGAAAGCAGUGAGGCGUGUGAAUACGUCUGCAAAGCGCUGAAAACCUUCGGGGUGGAGGUGGAGUAGUGGGUCGUACUAAGAAAGCACUGCAGGGGCUUCUACAGGGGGGAGCGAGGGGCACCAGAAUAUUCAAUAUUCGUGACCAAUUUGCAGAACAAAAGUAUUGGUAUUCAAAUUCACAAAUAUCUAACAUUAAACCGAACACGAACUUUUCUUUUCUAAUUCCUUCUUUUUCGUCACCACAGAUGAAGAUGCUUGAGGCUCAACAAUGGAAAUGGAUGCGAACGUGUCGAUGUCGUUUUAGUCGUGGGUGAUCCUGCAACGUUUUUUGUCAGACAGAUUCACGAAAGAAACUGAAGCAAGACAAGAAAAAGCGUCUCGAUCAUUUCAUCUUCGUGCAGCAAUAAUUCAUUCAUUCUCUUCGGUCGUCGAUCCGUGUUACGACCAAAUUACGUCUUGCAACUACUUACGUUAACACUCAGUAAUUUUCAGCGACGUGCGCUGGUUUCUAUCUUGCUUAUGAUUGCGUUUCUGACGUCGUACUAGAUAGGCUGAUGCCUCAGUAUUGUAUCGUUUCCGAAAAUAUUAAAGAUGCAAAAAGUACAAAGCUCCAAGAGAAGCUAGCUGCAAUAGAAUGCGGUCUGCUUUUGAAUAAGGCGGUGGACUUUCAAGAUGAACCCGCAAUAAUCAGAUGCAACUGAAGAUGGCUCUGGUCGGCGACUACGACUGAUGCAACACAAAGGAGAACUUGGACGAAGACCACCGUCUGACGACAGUAGAAGCAAGAACUCAUCUUGCAAUCGUGUGUAAAAAUUGUGGAACUCCGAUUCGUAACACCCAUGAUUGGCUGUGGAAAAAUAGCGCAAGAACUGCAGCUUUUUAUCACCUCCAUUUACUGCAAGUGAAAU